AUACUCACGCGUAUAUUUCAAUAGGGUUAUUUAAAAAUGGCGGAUGCAUCGUCUUCCGAUACUACCUCAGAUUGUUGCAAUGAAUGGUUCUCUGAUAUUACCUCCGAAAAAUCGGAAUACGUUAUAGUAGGCCAGAAGCCAUGUCUAUCCCAUCGUCGCAGCAAAAGACAUUUCUUACAGAAGCUAUUUUUAAGGGAGAUCAGAGGUUGCUUAUCAGCGCACAACUAUGCCUCAGAAGAAAGACUGUUUGCUACUGUACCUUCAUGGAGACAUCUACCAUUAUUACAUGUAAUCCCAAAAUCAGCACUUGAAGCAGGACAUAUUGUAAUGGGAUUGACACAAUGUGGUCAAUUUUUACUUACAUACACGUACACAAUGGAUGUGAGUGGCACUACCUCUUUGUACAAAUACUUGUUACAUUGGUGGGCUUUUACUCCAAAUCAUGUUGCACGUAAAAUUGCAGAGGUUACUCUUUUUGGAAAUUACACAAUCUACAGAGAACUUAGUAUUGUUAUAUCUCAAUGGCCAAUGGAAAGGAAUAAACUAGUGAUACAUGGUCUUUGUACAAACUGGCUACACCUUCAACCAACAGAUAGAGCGUACUUAACAAUAACUACAGUACCAUCGCUUGAAAAUUGUAAAGAUUGUUUAAAGGUAGCAGCAUCAUAUGAGGAAGAAGGUGAAGAACUAGCAGCAAACUGGGAUGGUUGUGUGCGAUGCAACUGUCUCCAACAUGGGCUCACUGUACAUACCACCUAUGAAGUAAUUUCUCCAUAUCCUAGGUUCCGUGCCACUGUCUGUUUGAAUUAUUGGAAUCAUGUGGUAGUUAAUACAGGCAACUUUUUACAUGUGCUCACAGUGGAUUUGGACAUUCCAAAAAUGAAAAAUCAGAAAUGUAGCGAUAAGCAGGACACUGUCAUUUCUGAUACGGUGCCGUUAGACAUGAGUGAUGUUGAGGAGUUGGAUUACACCAGGACAGUGGAACGUUACGAGAGUUCUGAUGAAAAAGUAGGCACCCCCGAGUGCGUGGUUGAUCAAUCGCCGCGAUGCGAGUCGAGUAUAGAACAUGACUUUCUAGAAGAACCAAUUAAAUUAGAUGAUAAGUUAGGCCGUGAUUCGUUAAAUACCUCAAGCAGCAAUCAAAGCGACUGUGUCUGUGAUAUAAAUAAGUCUGCUGAUGCCGUAAGUGUUAAGUCAUGCGAGUGUACUGACAGUAGCGAGUGUAAAUGUCGUAACGGUAGUCCGAUUUCACGAAUCGAGCAACAAGCAAUCUCGGUCAGAGAUAAAAUCUUGCAGGACUUUUGCGAGGACAUGUCCCAGGAGCUCAACAUAGGUAGUGAUUUAAUUACGCUAGUGAAACAUCCAUCGUGUUCUCCACGAUCGACACCACAAAGACUUCCUCCUGAUCUCAAAACUAUGACAUGGUCUUCGCCAAUUCUUACACCCCCCUCAGACAUCUUGAGAACCCGAAAUUCAGAGUCUAGUCAUAAAAGCACAUAUAGUCAACGUUCUAACUCUCCCCAACCUGGUGCUUCGAAGGAUAGCCAUGUCGCUUCCAUUAAUUCACCUUUUCAUUCGAUCUCAAUGAGUCCAUCCUCUUCAUGUUCUUCGCGAUUAAUGUCACCCCCUGUAUCACGAUCUUUUCGUCACCCAAGUCCACGCAAAAGAUCAAAUUUACAUUCUCCUCCUCCUAUUGUGAAUUCGACACAGUCAAGGGCAAGGGCUACGCACAAGCUCAUUCUUGAAGCUGAGAAGGCAUACGAAUUCACGGACGAAGCGCAAGAGACUUGUGAGAAACUUAGUUCAUUUCGAAAACGAAGACUUGCUGAUAAGAAAUAUGAGUUUUGUGAUGAAACCGAAGACGCCGAGAACAUAGUUCCUUUCAAGCAUAUACGGGAUCAAUUCAAACAUCGUGGCUGUUCCAUACAUCAAAUAUCAUCCUCUCCUACAAUGUCACCUGCACUGCCAAAUGGUAAGAAGCAUUGGAUAGAUUCUGAUCAAAGUGAAACAGACGAGUUCAACAUUAAUCAAGAUAUUGGCGUGUCAAAUGAUUUACUUGUAGAUUCAGCUGAAAAAAAUGUGCUAAGACCAUUAAAUCAGAAUCAACUAUGCAAUGGAAGCAUAAACAGAGAUCGUUCUAAUAAGCAUUCUGUAAAUUCAUCACCACUAGUUCCAAAAAUAAAUUUACAAUAUCCUAGUAUAAAAUGUACUGCACACUUUAAGAGAAGUUACAUAGAACUUGAUGACGAAAUGAUAUCAGUUAUCACAGAUGUUGAAGAUGAGGAAACAGGAGGAUAUGUAAGUUACCAAUGUGUGCUUCCUAUGCAUGUCCAUGGAUCUGGAUAUGUCCAAAUGCAAAUGAUCAGCAAUAGCAAAGCUGAAAAAUUGAUAGUACCAUGUGUUUCAAUAAAUCAACUAAGUUUUGAUAUCGAAACAUUCUCUCAUCACAUUGCUGAUUGGAUUUGUAUGAGAUUUAAAAAGAGAUAUUGGCACUGUAGUGAUUAUGAUAUAGAAAUAAUAGAUGUGUGUGCCUUAAGUGGUGACAUUAUCUGUCUAUUGAUUAUGAAGAUACAGGCUAGUGAAAUUAGUAGUCAAACUCAAUGCUCUCAAGAAAGAAAACAGUAUGAAGUGGGAUGCAAAUUCACAUGGAACAUUGAUACAAGCCAAUAUAGAAUAACUGAUAUACUGCCACUGGAAGAAGUAAAACCAGAAUCAUGGAAACCAAAUUGUAUGAAUGUUCCAAAUUUUCGGAGUCCGUUAUGGAAUCCCACUAGACGUUUAGCACCAAAAUUAAGAGAAAUGAUACAACAACCUUACGCACACACAGUACGAUUUUUACAUAACGAAAUGACUUUGGCAGAUAAUUUGGUGGAAUUUUACAUAACACCCAUGCCAAACUAUUCUUCAAUCGAAUAAAUAAUUAUCGAGUAGAC